UUUCGUGCGCGCACCUCCGAUAUCUUAUAUCGACCCACCCCCCGCUCACCCCAUACUCUCCAGUGUUACCCCCCGAGGGGCGAUGCAGUUUAGUCUGUCCCAUUAGAGCAGCGCCGCGCACACUAUCCGGGAUCUGAUCGGCACCAUGGACACCUCCAGGACCAGCUUGUUCUUGUGCUCGGUGCUGUACAGCUUGCAAUUGGUCGGCUCUGCUCGGCCGGGGAAACAGCAUAGAAGCUGCCCGACUCCAUGUGAGUGCGAACAGGACGGGAUGUUGGUGAGAGUGGACUGCUCGGACCGGGGGCUCACUGGGCUGCCCAGGAACAUCAGCAUCUUCACGUCUUACCUUGAUCUAAGUAUGAACAACAUAACCAAGUUGCCUUCCAAUGCACUGCACAACCUGCACUUCUUAGAAGAACUACGUCUUGCAGGAAAUGACUUGACAUACAUCCCCAAGGGAGCUUUCGCUGGGCUCGGCAGCCUCAAAGUUUUAAUGCUACAGAACAACCUGUUAAGGCAGGUACCGAGUGAAGCUCUUCAGAACCUGCGCAGCCUUCAGUCUCUGCGGUUGGAUGCAAACCAUAUCAGCUAUGUUCCACCAAGCUCUUUCAAUGGUUUAUUUUCCCUCCGUCACCUCUGGCUGGAUGACAAUUCUUUAACUGAGAUUCCUGUGAGAGCCCUUGAAAGCUUGUCUGCAUUACAGGCUAUGACCUUGGCACUAAACAAGAUUCAUCAUAUACCAGAUUAUGCCUUCGGAAACCUUUCAAGCCUGGUAGUUCUCCAUCUCCAUAACAAUAGAAUCUACUCCCUGGGAAAGAAAUGCUUUGACGGGCUCCACAGUCUGGAGACUUUAGACUUGAACUACAAUAAUCUAGAUGAAUUUCCUGCUGCCAUAAAAACCCUGAAGAACCUUAAAGAACUGGGAUUUCAUAGCAACAACAUCAAAUCUAUCCCUGAACAAGCAUUCAUUGGAAACCCUUCUCUGAUUACAAUUCACUUUUAUGACAACCCUAUUCAACAUGUGGGAAGAUCAGCCUUUCAACAUUUGCCUGAGCUUAGAACUUUGAUUCUUAAUGGGGCUUCACAAAUCACAGAAUUUCCUGAUCUAACUGGAACUACAAGUCUGGAAAGUUUGACUCUGACAGGAGCUCAGCUUGUGUACCUCCCCAGCGCAGUCUGCAAUCAGCUGCCUAACCUUAAAGUGAUAGACUUGUCAUAUAAUCACAUAAAGGAUUUACCAAGCUUCUCUGGUUGUCAACGACUGCAGAAAAUAGAUCUGCGUCAUAAUGAAGUUUAUGAAAUUAGAUCCACCACCUUUCAGCAGCUGGUUGGCCUUCGUUCCCUAGACUUGGCAUGGAACAAGAUUGCUGUCAUCCACCCCAGCUCUUUUUCUUCUUUGCCUUCCUUAAUCAAAUUGGAUUUGUCAUCCAAUCAUCUGACCUCAUUCCCUGUGACAGGCCUUCAUGGUUUGACUCAUCUAAAGCUAACCGGAAACUCAGCCCUUCAGGAUCUGAUUCCAUCUGAACAUUUCCCAAAGCUCAGGGUCAUGGAGAUGCCCUAUGCCUACCAGUGUUGUGCCUUUGCAGUUUGUGAAAAUCUAAAGCAUUCGGGGCAGAUGAACAAAGAUGAAAACAGUAGUGCUGAUGAUUUCUAUCGCAAAGACAUAGGGCUGCUGCACCUUCAAGAUGACAGAGACUUUGAGGAUUUUUUGCUUGACUUUGAAGAAGAUGUAAAAGUGCUUCAUUCAGUGCAGUGCACACCAUCAGCAGGACCUUUCAAGCCUUGCGAUCACCUUUUUGGAAGUUGGCUGACCCGAAUUGGAGUGUGGCUUAUAGUGCUUCUAUCUUUUGUUUGUAAUGCUUUGGUGAUUGCUACAGUCUUCCGGCCUCUGUCAUAUGUUCCUUCCAUAAAGCUUCUGAUUGGCCUAAUAGCCAUAAUAAAUACACUGAUGGGCUUGUCUAGCGGUGUGCUAGCAACUGUUGAUGCCUUAACCUUUGGCAACUUUGCUCAAUACGGUGCCUGGUGGGAAAGUGGUGUAGGCUGCCAGAUAACUGGUUUUCUGUCAGUUUUUGCAGCUGAGACCUCAGUCUUUCUUCUUACUGUUGCAGCAUUAGAGCGGGGGUUUUCGAUUAAAUGUACUACAAAAUUUGAAACAAAAUCUUCAUUCCUGAGUGUCAAACUUUCCAUUGUCUUUUGCUUUCUCCUAUCCAUUAUUAUUGCAGUUUCACCAUUGAUGAGUGGAAGUACCUAUGGGACUUCUCCAUUUUGCUUUCCCUUGCUUUUUGGGGAUCCUUCUUCUAUGGUCUUUAUGGUAGCUUUGGUUCUUCUAAACUCAUUAUGCUUUCUUGUCAUGACAGUUGCCUAUACAAAACUCUACUGCUCUCUAGAAAAAGGCGAAUUGGAAAAUGUGUGGGACUGCUCCAUGGUAAAACAUAUAGCUUUGCUGCUCUUCACAAACUGCAUCCUAUACUGCCCUGUAGCCUUUCUGUCUUUCUCCUCACUCUUAAAUCUAACAUUCAUCAGCCCAGAAGUAAAUAAGUCAAUACUCUUGUUGAUUAUCCCACUCCCUGCAUGUUUAAACCCUCUGCUCUACAUCCUUUUUAAUCCACAUUUCAAAGAAGAUAUUGGAAGUCUCAAAAAUGGAGAUAUGCUGUGGAGUAGAUCUAGACACACAAGUUUCGCCUCAGUCAGUUCUGAAGAUGCGGAAAAGCAGUCCUGUGAUUCUACACAAGCUCUUGUAACCUUUGCAAGCUCCAGCAUAUCAUUUGAUUUGCCAGCAACCAGCUCCUCAUCGUCCUAUCAAAUGUCUAACAACUACAAACUUUCAGCCGUGGCAUUUGUUCCUUGUCACUAAAGUCAUUUGUGAAUUUCAAGAAUACUUUUUUCUUAGGUGCUCAUGCUAAGUAUAAUGGAUGCCAUGCAGAAAAGUGCCUGUUGAUACCAUUGGGGGAAAAAAUGAUCAAGUACCCUUUUUUCUUCAAUCCGUCAUCGGUAAAAUUGGUUCUCUGUCUGACACCUAGAAUAUUUCACUGUUUUUCUGCUUUAGCUUGCGUUUCACCACACCAAUUAUAAACUCUAAAAAAA